AUGAACGUUAUCGUUAAGCUCGUGAAAUGUAUUGUACGAAAUACUGUGAUAGAUAUUUCCUUUAAUCAGUUAGGAGGACUUAGCACACUCUGUUUCCUUGAGCAGGUAGAUCGCCUUGUUGGUAAAAAUCAUCUAUUCAAACGUAGCAUUAUUUUGAUAAAGGCUUGGUGCUAUUAUGAAAGUCGUGUUCUUGGUGCACAUCAUGGUCUGAUUUCUACAUAUGCUUUGGAAACACUGGUCUUAUUUAUAUUCCAACUGUUCCAUUCAUCGCUAAAUGGUCCUCUAGCGGUUCUCUAUAGAUUUUUGGAUUACUACAGCAAAUUUGAUUGGGACAACUAUUGUAUCAGUUUGAAUGGUCCAGUGUGCAAAUCCUCCCUUCCUGAGUUAUUUGUUGAGAUGCCAGAUUAUAUAAGCAACGAGCUGUUGCUAAGUGAGGAGUUUUUAAGGAACAGUGCGGAAAUGUUCUCAGUUCCAUCCAGGGGUCUUGAGUCGGACACACGACCAUUUCAACAGAAGUAUCUAAACAUAAUUGACCCCUUGAAGGAAAAUAAUAACCUUGGACGUAGUGUCAGCAAAGGUAAUCUCUAUCGAAUACAAAGAGCUUUUAAGUAUGGGGCCCGCAAGCUUGGCGAUAUUCUUUUGUCACCAGAUGACAAAGUUGCUGAUGAGAUCAAGAGGUUCUUUGCAAACACUAUUGAGAGGCAUAGACUCAAUCAUGUGGCUGAAUUGCAUUAUUCCAGCCUAAUUUUUGGUGAUGAAGAUACAUGUUCUUCAUUAUCUCCUGCUGAAUUUUAUGCCAAUGCUAGAAUGCUUCUGAAAUCAUCAGACGGUGAUUUUGAGAAUGAUAGCCUGAAAAAGGCAUAUACAUCAAUAUCAAAUGAGUUGUUGAGUAGUUUGAUGAAUGGAGCUUCUUCAGAGAUGGUGUCAGAAAAUGGCUCCUUUUCAGAUGAUGCACUAGUGUCAGGAUUCUGUCAAUACAGAUACGCAAAUGAUCCUUUAGCUUCUGUACCUCUAAAUCUCGGUGUUUCAAAUGGCUCAUAUGAGUGUAGUUCUAAUGGAAAUUCCAUGAGUUCUCUUUCUUGGAAGCAUUACUAUGCUCCUCCGUUCUAUUUCAAUAAAUCAUCUGUUGAAAAUGGGAACUGUGAACCUGAGUUGUGCCAAAGUGACCUAUCUGAUUCUUGUUUGGGGGUGGAAACCCCAAAGUGCCCUCAGGAGAGCAGCAGCAUUUACCAAGCAGGUACUGAUAAUAGUGAGGACUUCUGGUCUGGUGGUUCAGAAAUCUCAAGUCCAAGGACCAGUGUUUUAGAAAGUGUAACUCUCGAUAUAGGGGAAAGGGACUUGGCAAGCACAGCUGGAGAUAUUGAAGCUAUAAAUCCUUUGGUGGACUUAAGUGGGGACUAUGACAGCCAUAUACGGAGUUUGCUUUAUGGCCAGUGUUGCUAUGGGUGUUAUCUGUCAGCACCAGUACUUAAUAGUCCUUCAUCACCUUCUCCAUCUCAAAACAAAAACUUUUGGGAUACUGUCCGACAAUCAAUACCACUUAGAAAGAACUCAUUUUGGCAAACAAAUGGGAAUGGUAUGCUUGUGGUGAAACCAGCUGCUCAACCUUCUGGCAAUGCUCUAUCAUCUGAUGCUACUUUAGGUUCUGACAAGAAAGAAAUGGCACAAGGAACUGGCAUCUACUUUCUGAAUACGGAGUAUCACCAGGAGAGACGUUGUAAAGGACGGACUAAGAGUAAGGCAUUAGGAAGUCAUGGUCAGUUUCAUUUGCAUAGUGGCACCCAUAGUCACGAGUGUGUUGCAUUUUCUGAUGCAAAUCAGUCAGAGGAGAUUUCAGCUGUAAAAUCUUCUGUUGAAGGUCGUAAGAAGUUAGCCUCUUCUAGCCAAUCUGAUGGCCUCCGCGAAGAAUCUCAUGCCAAUGCUUUCUCGAAUUCAUCAUGUAGAAUUGAAUUUGGAUCUCUGGGUAAUCUCUCUGAGGAUGUGCUUUCACACACUUCUCGUGAUGUGGUCCUGAUUCCAAGUGUCCCACAAAAAGUGCAACUUUCACAACCUGCUUGUAGUAAACAAGGAAGGGAUGCAGAGCAUUCGUUAAGGCUGAAGAACGAAGAUGAGUUCCCUCCUCUACCAUUGUGGAAGGUUUAGGAUUUCCUACUUGUUUGAAGACUGAAAGGGAAUUUUACAGUGAAAACUAACAAAAACAGAUACUUUAGGCAGAUAUCAGAUAUAAAAGAGAAACUUGAAGACGGUAUAUCCGAGUAUGUCUUUUUUUUUUUUUUUUUGGAUGCACAUCUAGGUGGAGCCUUUUUCGUAGCAGGAGAGUACAACAAUUACAGCUUAGUUCCGAUCUAGUCGAGGCCAGCUAUAUGAAUGUAGUGUAACAUAGCAUAUGCAUACUGUACAGUUUCUUUGGCAGAACUUCGUUGCGCCAUUGGCUGUAAUGCUGUAGUUCCUGUGUUACCACCAUUGCAAACUUU